AUGCCACACCCAGUGUCACCUGCUGGUUCGCCUCGAAAGGAUGACGAGGAGCUUCCGGAUGCCCCUGUGGAGGGGUCCACCGAGAAUGGCGUCAAGGUGGAGGAUCUUUUCAACGACGACUCGGACGAGGAGUUUCCAGCUUCCACCGCGCAAGACGUGAAAAUGGAGUCAUCUCCGGCCCCUGCGCCUGAACCUGCACCGGCUCCGUCUGGUGUCGACUCAGAUGUCAUGCUCGCAUUCUAUCAACGACUCUUUCCCUUCCGAUACCUGUUCCAAUGGCUCAACCAUGGAAUUGUACCAACGCGAGACUUUGGAAACCGAGAGUUCGCCUUGACUCUCCAGAAUGAUGCCUACCUCCGAUACCAGUCAUAUCCUACCGCUGACCUAUUCCGGAAGGACAUUCUCAAAAUGAACCCCUCUCGAUUCGAAAUUGGCCCCGUGUACAGCACCAAUCCUCGCGAUCGCAAAACCCUUCGAGGGGGCCAGAUGAAACCAGUUUCCAAAGAGCUCGUUUUCGAUAUCGAUAUGACCGAUUACGAUGACAUUCGAACAUGUUGUCAAAAGGCCACGAUUUGCGCCAAGUGUUGGGCUUUUGUUACAAUGGCAAUCAAGGUUAUUGAUGCCGCCUUACGGGACGACUUUGGAUUCGAGCAUAUUCUCUGGGUUUACUCCGGUCGUCGUGGUGCCCACGCUUGGGUUUGCGACCCACGGGCGCGCAAUUUGUCAGACGAUAGACGCCGAGCGAUCGCUGGUUAUCUCGAGAUUUUGCGGGGAGGGUCGCAAAGCGGCAAACGAGUGAACCUCAAGAGGCCGCUGCAUCCUCACAUUACGCGCAGUCUUGACAUAUUGAAGAAUCAUUUUGCGCAGACGACACUGGUCGACCAGGAUACCUUUGCAGGCUCGGAGCAGGCGGAUCGACUUCUGGGCUUGCUGCCCGAUAAGUCUUUAAAUGACGCAUUGCGAAGGAAAUGGGACUCGUCCCCGGAUCGUCCCAGUGUCAGCAAAUGGGCUGAUAUAGAUUCCCUGGCGAAGACUGGAAAGAGCAGCACAUUGAACACUGCCACUCUUCGCGACGCAAAGCAAGACAUUGUCUUGGAAUACACUUAUCCGCGCCUUGAUGCCGAGGUCAGUAAGAAGAUGAUUCACUUGUUGAAAAGCCCCUUCGUCAUUCACCCUGGCACGGGCCGAAUUUGUGUUCCUAUCGACCCUCGCAAGGCAGAAGAGUUUGAUCCUCUUUCUGUUCCAACUGUCAUGGAGCUACUGGCAGAGAUUGACGAACAUGAUGCCAAACAUCCCGCCGGCACCACGGAGGCGGAUAUGCCCGAUGCAGACGGCAGCGCGAUGAAUGGCUCGGACAUCAAGGGCAGUGGUCGCAAACUGCAGGACUAUGAAAAGACUAGUCUCAAGCCUUAUAUUGAAUUCUUCCGUUCAUUUAUUGCUGGUCUCCUCAAGGAGGAGCGGGUAGUGAAACGAGAACGCGAGGACACCAAAACGGCAGUGAAGGCUGACCCGAUGGAGUUCUGA